CGAUAUUUUUGAGCCACGGGGCCACCGUACGUGUGUGAGUGGUGGCUGGUGAUGCAUGAGCACUGAACGAGCAGAAAGACUUUACUGUCAAGAUGGCGACAUCCGAGCCGAAACCAGCUGAUAUUGAAGAGCCCCAACCUGAGAUUCCAGUGCUGCCGAGUUCUGAUGAGUAUAUCAAGCAUCCUUUGCAAAACAAAUGGGCACUAUGGUACUUCAAAAAUGACAAGAGCAAAAGCUGGACGGAGAACUUGCGUCUCAUCUCCAAGUUUGACACCGUAGAAGACUUCUGGGCAUUAUACAAUCACAUACAGCAACCGAGCAAACUGGGCUUUGGCUGUGAUUACUGCUUAUUUAAGGAUGGCAUCAAGCCAAUGUGGGAGGACGACCGGAACAAGCUGGGCGGCAGGUGGCUCAUGACCCUCAACAAACAGCAGAGACACAACGACCUGGACCGCUACUGGAUGGAGACGCUUUUGUGUUUGGUGGGCGAGUCAUUCGACGAGUCCAGUGAAGACGUGUGUGGAGCUGUGGUCAAUGUCAGACCCAAGGGGGAUAAAAUAGCAAUUUGGACCAGCAACUGCCAAAACAGGGAUGCCAUCGUAACGAUAGGGUCAGGGUACAAGGAGCGUCUGAGCCUUCCCAGCAAGCCCCUGAUCAGCUACCAGUCACACGACGACACAUCCAGCAAGAGUGGAUCCACCACCAAGAAUAUGUAUUCUGUUUGAAGAAAUCCCCACUUCUCAACUCGCAGUAGAAUUAAUCAAAGAAUUACGACCCACAUCACCAAGUUUAUCAUACGGUCUGCUGUAAUGUCCUUUUUUUUAUUAUUAAACAAGACUUAUUGGUCAUAAUGGAUCGCAGCAUAAAGGAGCUUCCCCAGACCCAUGGCUAUUGUUUUUCUGGCCACAUUUUCACUACAAAUGGCGAGAAGGGAAUAAAAGAUCACUUUAUUUAGUGGAAGCUGUGAUGUGAGAUAAAGAGAAUGUUUGGCAAUGGAAGACUUUCUUGAUAACCCCUCCCUACCCCUUUACUUAUGGAUUGAAGAAAAAAAUAUAUCAAUUUAUUUUUAAACCUUUUUGUGUUGCGCUUUGACGUUUUUUUUUUUUCUUUUCAAUUUUCAUGAGUCUUACAUCAUUAACUGAAAAUUUUAAGCGUAAUUUUAACUGAAUUAAUCUGGAGAUGAUAAUGCAUGCUAUGCAACCCAGUCUCACGGAAAUACGUGACACUGUCAACUUGUCAAGUCAUUUAAUCUAUACAUUUAAUUAUUAAGGAUUUAUAAUAAAAUACUGUCACGUAUUUCUGUGAGACUGGGUUGUGCUAAUGGGCUUGCAAGCAGCUGCUGGCCUCAGGUCUUGGAGGCUUGUGAGGUCGCAGCGGUGGUCACUGAAUUCUGAUGUUUUGAAAUAAAAAAUAAAAUAAAAGCCCAAUUGAUGUUUCAGCCAUGCUGGACUUGUAGAAUAUGACAUGUAGUACUAUCCUGAUGUUUUGUUUUUUCGCCUCCAAUUUCCCUUUACAUUUAUUUAUAAUGUAUGCUUUGCAGUUGAAAUACUUAAAUCUUAGUUUGAAAUACACAUAAAACAUUUUUUCAUAUACAUUUUGUUUUGUUAUCAGGAUAACAUUGUGGACUCCCACUCCUAGAUCUUUUUUUUAAUUUAAUUUUAGUGUGUCAUACAGUUAAGAGGCCUGGACAGAAUGAGGUGUGCUUCUCACUGUUUCUUCCUAACAAAACUGUAGAUAUGUCACACUACUCUGGAUUGAUUGCGAUGGAGAGAUGAUAUUCAUUGUGAAACGAUUGCUCAUAAUGUAUCUUUAUUAUCUGUAAUUCCAGGUUGUAUAUUACCUUCUUUCAAGUAAAGUGCUUUGCAUUAAAAAAACGCGUCUCUUAUUUC